AGGACAGCUGUAUUUACUGACGUAUGUAAAUGAACAUAGGGGAGGUCCUUGGGCAAAAAACACACACUGAAUCAGUUUCACAUUGCAGCUCCGGAGUUCCUGCGUGGAAGGAAAAACGAGACGUGGCGAAAUCUGGUGAAUAUCUGCAGCCGUGCGCUCCGGCUCAGCAAACCAUGCAGGAUGAUUUACUGAUGGACAAAAACAAAGCCCAGCCUCACCAUCAGCAAGAUCAAGUAGACCCUCCUCCCUCCACCCCGACCCCGUCAUCGGAGCCCACUUCUUCUUCAUCGGAGUCGGAGAGCCCGUCGACCGGGAGCAACCAAGCGACUUCAGCGCUGAGCAGCAGCAGCAGCAGCGGCAGCAGCAAGGACAAAGUGCCGAUGGAGUCGCCGAUCCUGCCCGGGUUGAGCUUCCACCACCAGCCGCAGGAGACCGGCGGCCCCCUUUCCUCCCCGUCCUCCUCUUUUGGGAGCACUUGGUCCACGGGAACCACCGUGGACGACAGCUUUUUCCAAGGAAUACCCUCGGUGAACGGGACGAUGCUUUUCCAGAACUUCCCCCACCACGUCAACCCGGUGUUCGGGGGGAAUUUCUCCCCGCAGAUCGGUCUGGCUCCACAGUCCCAACAGCAUCAACAGCCAGCCCCGCAGCAGCAGCAGCAGCAGCAGCAGCCCCAGCAGAGGAGGUCCCCUGUCAGCCCCAGCCAGGGUCCCUUCCCCCAGAGAAACGCUUAUCAGACCAUCAUGAAUAACAGCAAAGGCUCGUCUUCGUCUUCUUCUGCCUCGUCGUCCGCGUGGAAUAAUCACCAAAACGCCGCAUGGAGCACAGCCUCCAACCCCUGGAGCGGGCUGCAGGCGGGCAGGGACCCGCGCAGAGCGGUGGGCGUCGGGGUAGGGGUCGGAGUCGGCGUCGGGGUGCCGUCACCGCUGAACCCCAUCUCCCCUAUGAAAAAGCCCUAUACCAGCAAUGUAAUAGCACCCCCCAAGUUCCCGAGACCUGGACCCCUCACACCCAAGCCCUGGAUGGAGGACAGCGCCUUCAGGACUGACAACAGCAACAACAUACUGCCUUUCCAGGACCGGAAUCGGCCCUUUGAUGCUUUUAGCUUGCACUCUUUGGAGAAUUCCUUAAUGGAUAUGAUAAGGACUGACCAUGACAAAGGUAAACCACACCCUGCCGGUGGCCCACCAAUGACUAUCGCUGAUAUUAUAUGGAGGAAUCAUUUUGCAGGACGUAUGGGCCUCAACUUCCAUCAUCCCGGAGCAGACCACAUAAUGCCAUUGAAUACCCGGAGCUAUGGCCGCAGAAGAGGUCGUUCCUGUCUUUUUCCCUUUGAAGAUGGUUUCCUUGAUGACGGUCACGGUGACCCCUCCUUGACCCCGGGUCUGAACUCGCCAACCCGCUGUCAGAAUGGAGAGAGGAUGGAGCGUUACUCCAGGAAGGUCUUUGUCGGAGGCCUCCCUCCUGACAUAGAUGAAGAUGAAAUCACCAACAGUUUCCGCCGCUAUGGGCAUCUGGUGGUAGACUGGCCCCACAAAGCAGAGAGCAAAUCCUACUUCCCACCUAAAGGCUACGCCUUCCUGCUCUUCCAGGAAGAGACUUCUGUCCAGGCCUUGAUCGAUGCUUGCAUCGAGGAAGACGGAAAGCUCUACCUGUGUGUGUCCAGUCCCACCAUCAAAGACAAACCGGUCCAGAUCCGUCCCUGGAACCUGAGCGACAGUGACUUUGUCAUGGACGGCUCCCAGCCUCUGGACCCCCGCAAGACCAUCUUUGUAGGGGGGGUACCACGGCCCCUGCGUGCAGUGGAGCUCGCUAUGAUCAUGGACCGGCUGUACGGAGGUGUUUGCUACGCUGGCAUCGACACAGACCCAGAGCUCAAAUACCCGAAGGGAGCCGGCCGCGUGGCGUUCUCCAAUCAGCAGAGCUACAUCGCUGCCAUCAGCGCUCGCUUCGUUCAGCUGCAGCACAAUGACAUAGACAAAAGGGUGGAGGUGAAGCCGUACGUCCUGGACGACCAGAUGUGUGAUGAGUGCCAGGGGGCACGCUGUGGGGGGAAGUUCGCCCCCUUCUUCUGUGCCAACGUCACAUGUCUGCAGUACUACUGCGAGUACUGCUGGGCCAGCAUCCACUCGCGGGCCGGCCGAGAGUUUCACAAGCCACUGGUGAAGGAGGGGGGCGACCGCCCUCGACACGUGUCCUUCCGCUGGAGCUGAGGGGGGUACACGAGUCAGCCCUGCCCCGGUAAACCCACACCCGACCCCCUAAAAAAACCUCCUGCGCCCCUCCUACACUACAGGCCGGGACAGCGCUGCAACCCCUCCCAUAGCCCCACCUACUCCACCCUGCUCCCCACAAACACCUCAUAAAAAAAGCAAAAAGGAUACCGUCAAAUACAUGGGACUGUCUUCAUGCCACACGGCUCUGAACUCAUUGUCUAUGGUUCCCCUCUGAUGAAGCAUUGUGGGGAAAUGAAAUGCGAAAGUCUAUCAGCCUAGAAUUUGCACUUUGGCACAAAAUCUUGCUAAACACACACACACACAGGAUGGUAUGUUAGACACCAGGCUAAUUUUCAGUUCCCCGUUGUGUUGACUGGGCAGUGUGGUACGUCCUGUGGGACCCCUCCUCACUGACACAGAGGUGGGACCAUACAAAUAUUUUAAAAAAGUAUAUAUUUUUUGUUUUGUACCUAUCUAUACAUAUAUAGAUAAUUUAAAUUUUAUGUAAAAGGAGCAUGCACUUAUUUUCAAGAGCUGUAGUUAUAUAUUGCCCCUACUAAAAAAAAGAAUUACCAAAGGCAAAUGAAAUUAAUGCAUACAGAAAUAGGUGGCAUAAGAUGUAGCAAGAUUUAACAGCUUUCCAGUAGUGUGGGCCCGUAUCGCCCGGAGUAAAAAAUAACACGGCUUUAUUCGCUCUCAAUUUUGACUCUGAAAAUAUUAAUACCUCAUAUGCGCAAUCAGAUUAGUUUGCUUUUUUGAUUUCUAGGUCUUUAUUUUUAUAAUAACAUUAUUUUUUAGUGUUAUGUAAAUGUAAUGCUGCAAUAGCUUUGCUGCUAAAUCCAUGGUAUAAACAGAUACCAUAAGUACUUUAUUCAGGCUAGGGUGUAAAAUAAUAACAGAUCACAAGAAGCACCUGGUGUUGGAGAACGACGAGCUAUCACAGGGGGAGGGGGCGCCCCUAAACAACGAUGGCUACCUUUUGUGGGGGUCGGGGUGGGUCGCCCCUAACUGCAUGUUUAUUUCAAUCAGGUUGCUGCAUGCAAUAGACUUUUCAGUAUCAUGUCUACUAUUCGAUUCUGCCCAUGUUUGCACAACACACUAUAGACGUACCUUCGACUCGCACGAAACUGGACAGAAACAGGGAUGACUUGUCAGAGGAAUCAUGGCGGCUCGAUGUCGCUGGUCGGGCGGCCAGAGCAGACGCUUCCUGCACACAAACAGGCAGCAACACAUCCAGAUGACAGUGGGGAAAAAAAAUAAUAGUCACCAAUCAAAUUAAAUGUAGGAUUACCAUUCAAAACUGUCUAUGAUAGGUGAAGUACUUUUUUGCAGUGAUUGUUGAUAUAAUUGUGCAAUUUUUUAUACCGUAUGUAGUUAGGUCUGAGUAUGCCUAGAACUGUGAUUCGCUUUAACUGUCGUUAAUGUCCGACAUAGAAGUCCUGUGAAACUUCAUAACUAGUGUAUGCACACGUAUAUAUGUUCUCUUGUACACACACUUGCACCAGUAAACACAGAAGCCUCUCGACACACACAUAAACACACACACACACACACACACACGGACGGCUGUCUUUCUUACGCACACAAACAGGCCUACACACAGUCUGAUCUGAAGAGAAGACGCAACAAUGUGAGCUUAAACUGAGAACUGAGGUCUUUUUUUCCUUUUUGAUUUGUUCCACCGUCGGCAAAAAGCGCACGUUUACGUCUCGGAAUGCAACCAAAGAGCUCGCGUGUUGACAGACCACCUAACACGCGGAGCGAAUAUCAGGCCUCCUGCAGAGGGGCUGAAGGUGCAGUCGAUUAGAUGAGGAAAAAAAGCUGGGAGGAAGAAUUCGGGGUGGGAUAAAAUGAAGCUACUGGAGACUUGAGGUUGAUAAACUGAGCUCUGCACAUGCUCUCACUACAUGGCUGGGGUGGGUGGGACGGGUGGGAACAGGGGAAUGGCAUUGCCAGAACAUGCAGAUGUGCAAGCUGGGGUUACCAUAUUUAUCCAGAUUUUUUUUCCUGCAAAGCUUGAAGUAAUGGACCUGCUAAAAAAAAAAAGAAAAAAAGGUGGACAUAUAUCUUUUAGUUUUUAUCAAAAGGUUAUGGCAGUUCAAACAGGAUUGGGCGGGCAGGAUUUGGGGGGUGCAUAGAAACUUAAGUAUUGGCUGCUGAAAACAGGGCGGCUCCAGUUUGGGGGUCAAGGGUGCUGGGGCCAAGUUACACUGGUUUUAGCAGUUUUGUGGACAAUCCGAACGGGAUCCUACAUCAUUGCAAAUUAAUGUGUUUCGUCCCCCCACCACCAACCCCUAGUUUUUUUUUUUUUGUUUGUUUUUUUUGUCCGUAAGUUGUGAUUGUCCCGUGCUGGCGCCCUGCAGUCCUUUUCCUCUUUCUCGUUUUAGUCGCAAACUGUUUUUUUUUUUUUUUUGCUUUAGGAUAGUUGUUUUUGUUGUCCAAGAAUAAUGAAUUGAAACUAAGCAGAAGAUACUUUUUUUACUGAUAGAAAAAAAAAGACGAGGCUAACCAUGAGUAAUAAUAAGUAUCCCUAUGAAAGUGAAUUCUGGGUGUUUUUGUGACAUUUCUUUCCCCACCCAGACAGGUUUUCUAUGUUUGUUCCUUCUCUAUGAUAGAUAUUUGUUAUGCACUACUCUUUGUAUCUGAACAGUUUUCGACGGUCAGCAGUUGUUUUUGUUAAAAGACAAAAAAAAGCGAUGAUAAAGCAUGCUUUCUGACUGACAAGAUCUUUUGCAAUACCUCAAUUUUGAAAUAUAUUAGGAGAGAAACUGAUAUUUUCUAAGUAAGUUUAUUCAGAUGAAAAAAAUAUAUAUUAAUUUAAUUCUUCAAGAGAAAUGAUUUAACAGAUGGUUGAUUUUUUUAUUUUUUUCAUGCUUAUUUGCUUUUAUUUUAAGAAUUUAUUUUUUGAAAAAAGACAACAACUGAAGGAGCUAGAGCUUUAUAAUUAAUAUAAUGACAUAGUUAAUGAGAGUCUACUUUAUUGCAGUGGAAGUUAGCGUGAGUGUCCCACUGGUUAAAUUGGUCAAGAAGAGCUCUUAAGGAAAAAACUAUCAGGUGCUCAGAGAGAAAACUGAACAUAUUUCCCACAUUUUUGUAUAUUUAUAAUCAAUCAUUUACUAUGCUGACCAGAGUUGUGAAAGAGAUCUUCUGUUCAUUAUUUUUUUAAGAGAAGUUUUUUAUGUUUCCUAAAAGUAUGUGCUCCCUUUUGUUUUGUAAAAAAAAAAAAAAAAAAAGCAACGCAACCCUGGUUUGUUAGCCUGACGUGGUCGGGGAGGAAAAAAUUUAAAAAGAGACUUGUGAGAGUCGCUUAACAGCUGGAGGUAGAGAGACAAGAAUGUUAUUUUUAACACAAAACAGACACACGUGUUUUCACCUGUAACUUGAUCGAAAGCCCCCAAGGUGCAUCAAUUGACUGGUGGCCUUCUAUUCACGCAAGACUUGAAUUAGUCCCAUUUUUUAAGGCUAAGAACCUUGAUUCUUUGUUGUAAUGUGCAAUACUGUUUGUACUGUUUGUAGAAAAGAAGAAAACAAGAAAAAGAGGCAUAAAUCUUUAUUGCAGAAUUAUUUUCAUUGCAAGCAUUGUGAUUCACUAAAAUCAUUUUCUACUGUGUAUUUACCUACUCUACCUGCUAGUACCUUCCAGUAGUAAUGUAGCCUUUGUACUGAGAAAUUUUCAUUAUUUUUAGAAAGUUUUGCUAAAAAAGAAAAGAAUUUAAACAUAUUUACAUAUUUUCAUUUUUAUUUCGUAUUUUUUCUUUACAGACUUAUUUCUCAACCAUUAAUAGUUAUUUCUGGGGGAGACUUUCAUAUCUGGUCAAUGUUCAUUAAUAUUAUUUUGUAUUUUUACUUGGAAUAAAUUAAUUUUGUGAUGCUAAUUCUUUAAAAGUUUAUUUUUUUCGUUUGUUCACUUUUUUUCAUUUUUUGAAGCUGAAAAAAAAACAACCUUUGUAAUAUUGUUACUAAAGUGUCUCGAUUCUUGAAAUGCUAAGCUUUAUGUGUUAACUCGCUGAUGUUGCUUACAUUAGUGUGAAAAUGAUCUACAGAGAAAAAAAACAAACUAUUCACAAACAGCAGAUUAAUGGUUGGUGAUGUUUAAGUGAUUCGCAAUGUAAACAAAUGAAUGGGCAAUAAAAUAAAACUGGCAGAAUGGAGCAUA